CCCGAAAUUACAAUACCACUUAUCAAACAAGUCCUUAUAGUACUAAACUAUCCAUAUAAAAACCCCCUACACCCAAAUAAACAUUCUUACACCCUCUUCUCUUCUUACAUCUUUCUCCCCCAAAAAUGGGGGAUGAUGCAACCCCAACACAUAGCUUAAUCCCAACAUCCCGAAAUCCCAGAAAAUCAUUCAAUCGAUUACUUUCGCACGCCCAUGAUGAAUUGCACGGCUUCCGUUCUUACCUUCGAUGGAUGUGCGUUGAUCAAUCAAAUAUUUACACAGCAAUUUUAUCAUGGUCUGUUUUUCUUAUAUUUGCAAUUCUAGUCCCUGCAUUCUCCCAUUUUUACCUUGCUUGCCCUUCUUGCGACGCCACGCACGACCGCCCUUACGACACGGUCGUGCAACUUUCUCUCUCCUCCGUUGCGACGCUUUCGUUUGUUUGUCUUACACAGUAUGUAAGGAAGUAUGGUCUUCGAAGGUUCUUGUUCUUUGAUAAGCUUGUUGAUGAGAGUGAUUCUGUUAGACAUCAUUACACUACCCAGGUCUAUGGAUCAUUGAAGAUAUUAUCUGUCUUUGUUCUCCCAUGCUUUUUAGCCGAAUGUGCCUACAAAAUCUGGUGGUAUGCUUCAGGGGCCUCCCAAAUUCCAUUCUUGGGUAACAUCAUUUUAAGUGACAUUGUAGCAUGCUCAUUGGAGUUGAUAUCAUGGCUUUAUCGGACAUUAGUCUUCUUCCUGGUCUGCAUUCUCUUCCGUCUGAUCUGCUACCUUCAGAUCCUGCGGCUCAAGGACUUUGCCAACGUGUUCCAGGAAGAUUCAGAUGUCAUGUCUGUUUUGAUGGAGCACCUUCGGAUUAGGAGGCACUUGAGGAUCAUAAGCCAUCGUUAUCGUUCAUUUAUAUUAUUGGCAUUGGUUUUAAUCACUUCGAGCCAAUUUGCUGCCUUGCUGUACACUACCAAAAACCAUUCAAAUAUGAGCAUCUUCAGAGCUGGAGAACUUGCACUAUGCUCCAUUACUCUAUUGACCGGGAUUGUAAUAAUACUACAAAGCGCCACAAAGAUAACACACAAAGCUCAAGCAAUCACCUCUCUUUCCGCAAAAUGGCAUGUGUGCGCGACAGUUGAGUCCUUUGGUACUACCUCUGAGACUGAAACACCCGUAGCCCAGACCAGUAGCGGAGGAAGCCCAGGUUUCUUUGAUUCGAGGAGCACUCAUUCAGAUGACGAUGAGGCAGGGGAUGAGGAGGAUGAUGUAGAUAACACCAAGUUCCUCCCUGCUUAUGCCUAUAGCUCAAUCGGUUUCCAGAAGCGACAAGCUCUAGUGACAUAUUUUGAGAACAACAAAGCUGGAAUUACAGUUUACGGAUUUAUGUUAGAUAGGGCUUGGCUCCAACUCAUUUUUGGUAUCGAGUUAUCUUUAGUACUCUGGCUACUCGGAAAAACAGUUGGUAUUUAACAGACAAGAACAUCCUCAUUUGCGCGUAAUAUUAUACACAAACUUUGCUUCUCUGACCUUAUACGGUCCUUGAUAUCCUUACAAGAUCAAUUUCUUCUAGAGAAAGUGAGCGCGUCAAGGGAGUCAGGGAGCUAGCAUAAGGACUGAUUAUACGGUCUCGGUUUGGACCUCAUCAUGCAAAUAGAUACUACUACGUAUUGAAGUACAGUUAGUUUCACCAUUUUGUGUACUUAAUGCGAUGAUUCUUUUACAACAUCCAUAUGAAUGUAGAUUCUAUAAAUAUGUUCAUGUACUUUAGCUUGUUCACAGCAUCUACGAGUCUACGACCUGUAUUUGACUAUCUUCAUUUGGGGAGCUUAUUGGCUUGUCUUCAUGGCAUUUGCUUAUUUUUUUUUAUUUAUUGGUGUAAUUUAUUUGGGAAGAGUGGUUAUUUGUAUGUUGUAAUAUUGAGUAUCAGUAAUAAUAUAAUGCAUCAUAUUUGUUCUUUCGUUUUUGCAA